AUGUUCGCUCAACCGUUCGACCACUCGUUCAAUGACUUGUUCAACCAAUACGUCAAUAUGGAGUCCUCCGGGCCCGACGGCAACAAAGACUCGUCGUUCUCUGGUGACCUUGACCAACUCUUCCCACUAGAUUCGCUUUCCAGCGACUGUGGCGAUCUCUCCCCCACUGGCUCCACUUCCAAAUGCCAUCGUCAAUCGCCGCAACCUUGGGCUAAGGACUGGUCUCUGCAAGAAGACAGCUCUUCCGGCGACCACUUCGCUUUUCAAGACACCGUCCACCCUUCCGCCAUUUCUGACCUCGGCCUGAACAAUUUCGAGGUCUCCUCCCACCCUACUGGAACAAACGGCAUCCCAUCCGCCUCGCCAUCCACCCCGCCAGCUACUCCUCAGCGCAAAGCUAAUAAGAGUGCUCUCAUCACCCCCAAAUCUAUCCGCCAUCGUGACCCGAAUGAGCGUCGCGCGCUUCUGCGCAAGCAAUCCUUCUCUCCCAGUCUGAUGCGCUCUUCCAUCCAAAAGGGAAGGAUGGCAUACCCCGAGGUCUGGGCCCAGAAGCUCCAGAACUUCACGUUCGCCGGCUCCGAUGAUCGUCUGCCGCUCUCUCCCCCACCGUCGGAUGUGCUUAUCAAGCACGAGAACAUGACCGCCGACGCCAUGCACCAGCAACAGGACUCGGCAGAAAUGCCUGGUCAGUAUGACACACGCUUCUUUCACCAGUCCCCCGCUGUUUCCAUGCCUUCGCCUUCUGUUGGCGCAUAUGCUCGACACCAGCACCAAUACAUCAACCAACCCGGCUCCGCAGCCUUGACCAACUCCAGCCCUCCCUCCGCAGAUGAGAUCUUCUCUUCCUCACACUCCUCCGAUCCUCAUUCGAUCUCCUCAUGGCAGUCUGAUGCCCUUGGUACCUCUUCUCUUUCCUUCACACCCGACCUCCAGUCGCACGAUUCCCAGUGGUGGUCUCCUAUGCCCUCGCGGGCCACACAGCAACCGCAACAGCAGCAGCAGCAGCAACAACAACAACAACAGCCAACUCCUUAUCAGUCCAUGGUGCCUUCUCCCGCACCCCAGCGCUCCAUGCAAAGUGUUGGGGGCCAUAAUGACCUGAUGCAAGGCGGCUUGAUGAUCCAAAUGGACCCGACCUUUGACAUGUCCGGCAAUUCCUCCUCCUUCUCCUCCAAUAUUGCCUCGAGUUCGCAAAAGUUCGUUACUCCAUUCACCGCCCCUCAACAAGUCCACACCUCCCGCUCUCCCUCCCUCUCUCCCAAGGCCGGGACAUCCCCGAAAAACUCCCGCAACAAAGGACACAGCCGUACCCACAGCCGCAAGCUUUCUGGCCAGAGCAUGAACGGACCCAAGUCGGCAAAGUCCUCCACCAGCCCCCGUGGCUCCAACAAGUCUGUGAAUGUGUCCUUCGUGAAUUUCACCUCCCAGGAUAGCCAAAGGAUCCUCACCGGCGUCGCGCCCUCUGGCAGCUCCAAGACAAAAGCCCGUCGUGAGCAAGAAGCCAAGGACCGACGACGCAAACUGAGUGAGGCGGCUCUCCGUGCCGUCCGCAAUGCCGGCGGCGAUGUCGAUGCUUUGGAAGCAGUAUUAUGCUGA